AACGUUUCGGGACUGUUGUCACGUGACUAAUUCUUACACGAUUACGGCUAAAGUCUUUCCGGCAUCUCCAACUUCAGUACUGAGUUGGGGAUUCAUUAGUUCCUCACACAUUUUCAUCAUUCAAUAAAAACAGGCUAAUAAAAUGGCGAUCCGAUUUCUUGAGUUUGUAAAACCAUUCUGCGUUGUUCUUCCUGAAAUAGCCAAGCCUGAUAGAAAGAUUCAAUUCAGGGAAAAAGUACUAUGGACAGCAAUAACUCUUUUUGUCUUUCUAAUCUGCUGCCAGAUUCCUUUGUUUGGCAUAGUGUCAUCAGACUCUGCAGAUCCUUUUUAUUGGAUCCGUGUCAUCCUUGCCUCAAACAGAGGUACCUUGAUGGAGCUCGGUAUUUCACCUAUUGUUACAUCUUCACUGAUUAUGCAACUCCUGGCUGGCGCUAAAAUCAUAGAAGUUGGUGAUACUCCAAAGGACAGAGCUUUGUUUAAUGGUGCCCAAAAAUUGUUUGGAAUGGUCAUAACUGUUGGACAGGCCAUUGUCUAUGUGAUGACUGGCAUGUAUGGAGACCCAGCUGAUAUUGGUGCUGGAGUUUGUCUUCUUAUCAUCAUCCAGCUUUUUGUUGCUGGCAUAGUGGUACUUUUACUUGAUGAACUGCUUCAGAAAGGUUAUGGGCUUGGUUCUGGUAUCUCCCUGUUUAUUGCUACCAAUAUUUGUGAGACCAUUGUCUGGAAGGCUUUCAGCCCUGCAACUGUCAACACUGGAAGAGGUACUGAGUUUGAGGGAGCUGUGAUUGCAUUGUUCCAUUUGUUGGCCACCAGACAGGAUAAAGUACGUGGAUUAAGGGAAGCUUUCUACAGACAAAACCUGCCAAAUUUGAUGAACCUUUUGGCAACUGUUCUUGUUUUCGGGAUAGUUAUAUACUUCCAAGGAUUCCGUGUUGACCUUCCCAUCAAAUCAGCAAGAUACAGAGGACAGCAAACUUCUUACCCAAUCAAGCUUUUCUAUACAUCUAAUAUUCCAAUUAUUCUCCAGAGUGCUCUGGUGUCUAAUUUAUACAUGAUUUCUCAGAUGCUGGCUAAUAAAUUCAGUGGCAACUUUUUCGUCAAUCUUUUGGGUGUUUGGGCAGAUGUUGGUGGUGGGGGUCCAGCAAGAUCUUACCCCAUUGGAGGUCUUUGCUACUACUUCUCUCCUCCAGAAACAUUAGGACAUAUAUUGGAGGAUCCUAUACAUGCAGUCCUAUACAUAGUUUUUAUGUUAGGUUCUUGCGCCUUUUUCUCAAAGACAUGGAUUGAUGUGUCUGGCUCUAGCGCCAAGGAUGUUGCCAAGCAACUGAAGGAUCAACAGAUGGUCAUGAGAGGUCAUCGUGAGAAAUCCAUGAUCAAGGAACUGAACCGUUACAUCCCAACAGCAGCUGCUUUUGGUGGUUUAUGCAUUGGAGCUCUAUCUGUGCUUGCUGAUUUCCUGGGUGCCAUUGGAAGCGGAACUGGAAUCUUGUUGGCUGUGACCAUCAUUUACCAAUACUUUGAAUAUUUCGUUAAGGAACAGAGUGAAAUGGGAGGAAUGAGCACGCUAUUGUUUUAAACUUUUAAACUUUACACCUCAUUUGUUUGUUGUCUCUGUGUAUUUCUUUCGUUGUUUUUUUUAAUGAUGAAAUUUUGUAGAAAGUUGUCCCACUUUUAAAUAUGUUAAAGUUUGCUGGUUUUGCAACAUAAUUCCAUUUUGUUAGAUAAAAGGUUGGAUAUUUAUUUGAUAAGGUGUUAAAAUUUGCAGUAACUGUUUAGCUCAUUGGAUAAGUUUGUUGAAUGUGUAUUUAUAACCUGAAAUCAAAGCGUGACAAACUUCCAAUGUUUUUUUUUUAAAAAGUGCAAUUGCACAAUUAGUUAUGACAAUUUAGUUGUGACUAUAUGAUUUUUAGAUGUUGCUUAUAUCAUUGUCUGACUGUUGAGUUUGAUUGCUUAUUCAGGCAUUCUUCAUUUCACAGCCUCUUUUACUCAUUUUAAUACAUAUAAGCAAUGCUGAAUCUCAUAUAGUUUUUGAAUUGAUAGUGUGAUACUCAGUUAGGUAAGAGAAUACAUACAGCAAACUAUUACUAGAAAUCUUUAAAAAAUGCAUUCAUUUUUUUCAACAUGCUUAUUGACUUGUGUGCGAGUUGUGGAAUGAGUGUUACAUUUUCUUUUCCUUUCAUCCUGUUCAUUAUAUAUGGUUAUGGGUGUAGAUCAUCUAGCAUGUCAGCUGAUUGAAAGAUGACUGUAUUAUAAUUACUUCCCACCUCCCUUGGUUAUCAAAAAUUAGUCUUGUUCACCUUUGACUUAAUUUUUAAAGCCACACUCUAUUGUCACAAUACAUUUUCCUUCAGUGUAGCUCUAUCAAAUUGUUUUUUUGUAUGGCAGUGCUAAUUUACUGAAUCUUCAACUGCUGUUAAAGUUUAGUUUUUUGUUUGUAGAAUGGUUAACUGCAUUUAAGUCAUGUUGAAUAAAUGGAUGGUUUUUUGAGGUGUGUUGUUUGGAAGGAUAAAAUGUUUGCGGCUCAUGAUAAUGUAAUUUAAUUAAACAAAUUAUUAACUUGCC